UCAUCUAGAUCUAAACAACUACGACCUCAGCCACGUAAUACAUUGAUCGCGAAACUCGCGGCCAGCCUCCACACGUGGAGGUUACCCUCUGUGAGAAUAGUCAUGCGAAUGGGUCGCAUUAUGCGCACUCUGCAAGAACAGAAUCCUCUGGAAGAAUGUCGACUCACCUUGACCUUCGCUAGACGACCUACAACGCCCGCUUCGUUCUAUCGUCUAGGGGGAUCCUUGGACGAAAUUCAGAAGGGUUUAAUGUCUACGCUAUUAUACUUAUUA